UUCAUGUGUGGUCGUCUUUGAGUGAGUGCAGUCAGGCGAGCACCCGUCUCGCUAUUCAGUUGUAUAAAAUUAGUGACAACAUAGCCAUUCCUAUUGUAAAUUUUAAAGCUAAUUCUGAAAAUUGAAUAUACUCGUAAACCCGCAUGAAAUUUGUGCAUAUUGCAAAUUGAAUUAUUUAAUAAUGCAUUUAAUUAACGUGUGGUAAUUAACGGAAUCAUAGAUAUUUUCAAUGUUUCGUUAAUAUUGUUAUCGUAGGUAGCGUGUGGUUUUGUUAUUAUGAUUAUAAUCAUUUUAAUAUUCAUACCAAUCCUUCACGCAAUUUCACCGUACACAUACGAAUUCUACAACGUCAUUCACGGCAGCCUCAAAUUCAAAGAUCUGUACAUACAACCGGAUACAAAUAGCACCGAAGACGAAGAGAUAGAUGACGAAUCAGAAGAGGACAUCGGCUUCGAACAACAGCUAUUCCCUCGUAUCGACAUCAUAGCGACCCCACACGACCACGACCUGCUCGAUUUCAACGAAAUAUCUAAACAACUAUCAAACAUCACCAGAAGAGGAUCCUAUGGCGACUUCUACGGGCACGAUGACCCUCAAGACUGGCUGUACGGGAAAAUGGAGCCGAAGAAGAAGAUGAUGCUGAUCAAAACAAACAUACAAUUCUUGAUACAUACGAGGUAUAAGGUGUACGCGGCGUUGGCGCAGAGGAAAAGGUUCCGCACCGAUAAGCGAUACAGGCUCGGGUACCUGUUCAAUAGGUUGAGGAGAUUGAAGACUGAAAUGAGGAAGAUAAUAGCGGCGGCCUCUUUGCAAAACGCUUCGAACCCUUGGUUCAAGAGUCUGACAUCUCUUAUGAGGCUGUAUGAACAAGUGGUGCGGUUCGACGUGGAUAUCAGAGAUACAUCAGAUUAUAUACGGGAAAUUUAUAACACGGAAUCGGCUGUUGACUUCAUCAUCGUAGGUAAAAAGGAUUCACCAAAUACAGCUAGCAAAAACCAGUAAAUGGUGAAAACAA